AUGGCUCCCGUGGUCGAGAAUGGCCAAGCACAUCCCGCGAGGCGCAAGGCGGCCGCGGGGCUGGUGGCGCUGGGCUGCGCGGUGUGCUGGGCGGCGCUCGGCCGCGGCGGGUCCGCGGCGGGGCUCGGCCAAGCGGGCCGCGCUGCGCUCGGGGACCCCGCCUGGCCUGGCUCGUCGAGGAGACUGCAGCUGGACGCUCUUGAGCCGGCCGGCGUCACCAGCGAAGCAGCUGUGAACGGUGUCCUCGGGCAGGAGGCGCAGCAGGCCGGGCCCGCGGCACCGCCGGCCGAGGAGGCCGAGGAGGCCGUCGGCUUCUGGCCGCUGGUCCUGAACCUCUGUGGGCUGUUCUACAUGUUCCUAGCCUUGAUGAUCGUGUGCGACGAGUUCUUCGUGCCCGCGCUUGACGUCAUUACGGAGAAGACGGGCGUCUCCCCCGACAUCGCGGGGGCCACCUUCAUGGCCGCAGGCGGGUCGGCCCCCGAGUUCUUCACCGCCCUGGUCGACACCCUGUCGGACUCCCCGAGCGACGUCGGAAUCGCCUGCAUCGUGGGUUCUGCCAUUUUCAACGUGCUGUUCGUCAUCGGCAUGUGCGGCAUCUUCGCAAAGGACAGACUACUGCUCACGGCGUACCCCCUAGCGCGCGACUCGGCCUUCUACAUCGUGGACCUCGCGGUGCUGGUGGUCUGCUUCUACGACCAGGUGAUAGAGUGGUACGAGGCUCUGCUGAUGUUCAGCCUCUACGUUGCAUACUGCGCCUUCAUGUCGCAGUCGGAGAAGAUCGAGGGCAGGAUAACAGAGAAGCUCCAGUACAACGAGCUCGACCUUGACGGCGACGGGAAGAUCAGCUUGGAGGAGGCCAAGAAGGACGCCGAGCUGUUGGCGAGGUUCAGCGAGCUCGACGCGGACAACAGCGGCACCCUCGACCUCGACGAGCUGAGGCCCGUGCUGCUCACCCGCAGGAAGCUGGCCGCGGCGGUGGCGAACUCGGACGAGGAGCUCGAGCGGCCGCUCUCGCUCGCUCCGCCGGCGAGGGGCUCCGGCCUCAAGGCGUGGGGCUACUACGUGCUGACCUUCCCCCUGCACCUCGCCCUGUGGCUGACCGUCCCGGACGUCCGCCGCGAGGGGUCGCGGGGCCUCUUCGUGCUGACCUUCUGCCUGGCCAUCCUCUGGGUGGCAAAGUUCAGCGAGAUCAUGGUCAACUGCUCCACGGUUGUCGGCAAAGCCACGCCCUUCGACCCCCGGAUACUGGGCCUGACCCUGAUCGCCGCAGGCACCUCCGUGCCAGACCUGCUGACCUCGGUGCUCGUGACCAUGCAGGGGCACGGGGACAUGGCCAUCUCCUCGUCGAUUGCGUUCCUUCUCGCCCCCCUCUGA